AUGUCCGUGAACACCCAAGCAACUAUUGCCAGCUUUGGCGGGAAGCUGCUCAAACUCGCGCACAAUUCCUCCGUUCUGGGCUGCGAGAGCAAGUUCAACCUCUUCCUCCCGCCGCAGUCUCAGAACAGCAGAGUCCCUCUGCUGAUCUACCUCUCCGGACUCACGUGUACUGGUGAUAACUGCUCAGAAAAGGGCUUUUUCCAGCAUGGCGCCAGCAAGAGGGGCAUCGCAGUUUUGUACCCAGACACAAGCCCAAGGGGCAUUGGUAUCCAGGGCGAGGACGACUCCUACGAUUUCGGAACCGGAGCUGGAUUCUAUGUCGACGCCACUGCCGAACCGUGGUCAAAGAACUACAAUAUGUACUCCUACAUAACAGACGAAUUGCCUAAGACCGUCUUCGACGCCUUCAAAGAUCAACUCGACUCAAGCAAGGUCAGCAUCACCGGUCACAGCAUGGGUGGCCACGGGGCCCUGUCACUGUUCCUGAAGAACCCUGGGAAAUAUAAGAGUGUCAGCGCAUUUGCGCCGAUCUCAAAUCCUUUGAAAGCUCCUUGGGGUGAAAAGGCAUUCAAGGGUUAUUUCGGCGAGCAGGACUGGCAAAAGAAGGGCGCAGAGCAUGACUCGACAGAGUUGUUGAAGAAAUGGAAGGGUGGUGACCUGGACAUUCUGAUCGACGUGGGCACUGGUGACAACUUCUACAAACAAGGCCAGCUGCUCCCUGAGAAUUUCGUCGCAGCUGCCAAGGAAAUCGGCCAGGAAAUGGGAGUCAAUGUUCGGUACCAGCCUGACUACGACCACAGCUACUACACAAUGGCUACUUUUGCGGAUGAUCACGUCGACCAUGCCGCGAAGUACUUGUUUGCAUAG